GGCACGUGAGAUGCUUCUCAUACGUCACUCCACCAAAUGGAUAUGAUAAAUCGAUUCAUAGACCGCUUCACUGUGGAUACUGGUAACACUGAGCUCUCAGAAGUUGAGCAAGCAUGGCUUCCGCGGCCCUGGCCUUUUGCUCUCCACUCACAACCACCGCCAGACUCUCGCAGAAUCGAAACCCUUCAAGCGUUUGUCUUUCUAUCUCUGGAACAACUACAAGCAUCGGCUUUCUCUCUCCUGCUGCUUCCCUCUUUUGCCCCAAAGUCACCGUCCCUCCAAUCACCCCUUCAUCUAGACCUACAUUUUUACAUCUACCCAAGUCCUCAGAAUCCGAAUCACCUGUUCUCGAGGCUGAACCGGAUUCGCUGGAAACCGACCCCACCCAGGUUGUCGAAGCCGCGAACCAAGUUCCCAAGCGUGAAGAAAUUUUCGCAGUGGUUGUGAUUGGAUCUCGGCAGUAUAUUGUUUUUCCUGGACGGUUUAUCUACACUCAGAGGCUUAAAGGUGCCAAUGUUGACGACAAGAUAAUUCUGAACAAGGUGUUACUCAUUGGUACAAGAACACAUACUUGGAUUGGAAAACCAGUAGUGACCAAUGCUGCUGUUCAUGCUGUUGUUGAGGAGCAGGGAUUAGAUAAAAAAGUUAUUGUCUUCAAGUACAAGAAGAAAAAGAACUAUCGAAGAAAUAUUGGUCAUCGACAGCCAAUUACACGGAUAAGGAUAACAGGCAUCACCGGCUACCAGGAUUAUCCGGCUGUUACACUUGACUCAUAGUGGGUUCAAGCAAUUCUUGUAGAUGAGGUGGCAUAAAGAUCAGUUGUGAUUUGAGGUGUUCAUAGAUUAUGUUCACUACCAUGGAGAGUUAUCUGGAGGCCCAUGUAUUUCCUUUGGAGGUUGAAUAUACUUGCACGUACUUUCAAAACAUCAACCAGAUGGAAUCUCAUCCAAAUGUUCUAUAAUUGUACAACAGCUUGUUAACUGUCUCUUAGUACAAUUGUAGGGCGUUUCUUGAACUGCCCCAAGUACAAUUGUAGACGUUCUACAAUCUCACCAGAUUGUGCCCAAAUUUUUUAUACAUGCUUUUCAAUGCUCUCUUGGUCAUGAAAA